GACCCAUUUCCGAGCUGCAGCAGAGCAUGAGGUGAGGGAUCUAGUCACGGAGCCAGAUGCAGAGCGACAGCAAGAAUUAGGAUGGUGACCUUGGAUCUUAUGGAGGCCAUUUGGAUUCCUAAGAAGACUUCUCAAAGUGGAAAGCUGUAGAAUAACUGAAUCAGAAUCAUUGAUCCCUCUAGCUUGGAAAUCACUGAUACAGAAACUUGGCAAAGCACCUGGUAUUUUCUUGUGGCAUCAAAGAAAAAGAUUCUCAACCAUGCCUGAAAUAGAAACAAGUCGGAGAGACUCAGAAUUGUUUUCACCACCAUCUGAUGUACGAGGAAUGACAAAACUUGAUAGAACGGCUUUUAGAAAGACAGUCACCAUCCCCGUGCUUAAAGUGAGGAAAGAAAUUGUCAAUAAAUUGAUUCGAUCCCUUAAAAGGGCAGCACUACAGCGCCCAGGCAUAAAACGUGUAAUUGAAGAUCCAGAAGAUGAAGAAAGUAGACUAAUUAUGUUGGAUCCCUAUAAAAUGUUUACUAAUGAUUCCUUUGAGAAAGCAGAACUCAGUAUUUUAAAGCAGCUUAAUGUCAGUCCACAGAUAUCUAAAUAUAAUUUGGAACUAACUUAUGAAAACUUUAAGUCAGAAGAAAUCUUAAGAGCUGUGCUUCCUGAAGGUCAAGAUGUGACUUCAGGGUUUAGCAGAGUUGGACAUAUUGCCCACCUAAACCUUCGAGAUCAUCAGCUGCCUUUCAAGCAUUUAAUUGGCCAAGUUAUGAUUGACAAAAAUCCAGGAAUCACCUCAGCAGUAAAUAAAAUCAACAGUAUUGAUAGUACUUACCGAAAUUUCCAAAUGGAAGUACUAUCUGGCGAGGAGAACAUGAUGACCAAGGUUCGAGAAAACAACUACACCUACGAAUUUGAUUUUUCAAAAGUUUAUUGGAAUCCCCGUCUCUCUACAGAACACAGCCGUAUCACAGAACUUCUCAAACCUGGAGAUGUCCUAUUUGAUGUUUUUGCUGGGGUUGGGCCCUUUGCCAUUCCAGCAGCAAAGAAAAACUGCACUGUAUUUGCCAAUGAUCUUAAUCCUGAAUCCUAUAAAUGGCUAUUGCACAACUGUAAAUUAAAUAAAGUGGACAAAAAGGUAAAAGUCUUUAACUUGGAUGGGAGAGACUUCCUCCAAGGACCACUCAGAGAAGAGUUAAUGCAGCAGCUGGGACCACUGUCAAAAGAAAGAAAACACUCUGUGCACAUUGUCAUGAACUUACCAGCAAAGGCUAUCGAGUUUCUCAGUGCUUUCAAAUCACUUUUACAUGGGCAGCCAUGUGCCAGUGAGCUCCUUCCCACAGUACACUGUUACAGCUUUUCCAAAGAUGCUAAUCCUGCUAAGGAUGUUCAGCAACAAGCUGAAGCUGUAUUAGGCAUUUCCUUGGAUGUGUGCAGUUCAGUUCACCUAGUGAGAAAUGUGGCCCCUAACAAAGAAAUGUUAUGCAUCACCUUUCAGAUUCCUGCUGCUAUCCUCUACAAGAACCAGACCCUAAAUCUAGAGAAUCAUGAAGAUCCUCCACCUCUUAAACGCCAGAGGACAGAUAAAGCCUGUUCAGAAGAAAAAACAACAGUGGUUUAAAACACUUAAUUGCAAAUGCUUUCUCUAUCUCCCCACUAGAUUGUUAUGUAGUGAAAUAUGUAUGAUUUCACAAAAUUUUAGCAUUUAGUUACUUUAGUAUUGAACUGUUAUAGUUUACUCAUGCUGUCUUAUAAA